AUGAUGUUUCUGAAGAUAUGCUAUUGCUUUUUUUUAAUAAUAAUAUUUCAUAUUAAUUUCAUAGUUGCUGGUUCGAAAGAUCAACUUCGACAUCUUGCUACCAAUAAGGAUUUUAUUAAUAGACUUGCAGAAGGUGAAUUUGAGGUAGUUCAUCCAUUUCAAAUUCGAGAUAAGAAUGAUCGUAUCGGUAUUGAUACGAGGAAUCAUUAUUUAAAUGGAAGUGUUCAUUAUAAGCAAGUUACCAUUGUUAUUCGUAGUACUGCUGUGAAUCGUUUAAAAUUGCUACUGGGUCUUAAUGAAUUAUUAUUCAUCAAUGGAACUGAUUUUCGGAAACUUGAUAAUAGUGAAAAGAUUCCGAUUCAUAGACGAAUUGAAAAUUGCUACUAUCAGGGCACUGUAAAUGGUGAAGAGACAUCAUUUGUGGCAUUAUCAACAUGUAAUGGCUUGCGUGGUGUAAUUGCUUUCGAUAAUGGUUCAGCUUAUGGCAUAUGGCCUUUAGAUGGUGGUGAUCGAGGUCGUCGUCAUCCGCAUGUGUUAUAUCGAACAAAAUGGUCCCAAUCUGCUUCAUGUGGUAGUCAAGUUGGAGAAGGUUCAAAGCAAUUUCAAAAGUUUUCGAAGCGUGACGUUACGAAACAAACAAAAUUCGUCGAAUUAGCUGUAAUUGGUGAUUACUCUUUUAUGAAAAAACACGAUUUAAAUGAAGAAGAAGGAACUGCUUUUAUGUUGGAAGCUAUCAAUAUAGCCGACUAUAUGUUUUCACGUGAUUUAAAUAUUCGAUUGAGUGUUGUUUAUUUGGAAGAAUGGAUGGAUAAAUCACGAAUUAAUUAUCAUGAAGAUAUUGAGAGGACAUUAAGCAAUGUUGUGGAGUAUGUCACUGAUCAUGUUUAUCAUAUUGUCAAAGAUUCUUGUCUGAUGUUUACAUCAACAAAAUUUGUCAAAGAUGAAGUAAUGACGAGCACUUCUGGAAGUAUUUGUUCACCGCGUGCAACUGGUUUAGUUAUGGCUGUGGAUACAUAUACAGCACAUGAUACCGGUCAGUUAAUUGCUCAUAAUCUGGCUCACAUUAUGGGAAUGGAUCAUGAUUCUCCAGAUUGCUCAUGCGAUUUCAUGAAUAAAUGCAUUAUGCAUAAACAAGCAGGGAAUAUUGGAUCACCAUUUUUGUGGCAAUUUUCGAAAUGCAGUAUUGCAAGAAUGCAUAGCGUAUUACAAUCUGGUCAUUUGCAAUGUUUGUUGAAUAAACCAUUGCAAGCAUCAACAUUACAACAGUGUGGUAAUGGUAUUAUUGAUGGUGAGGAGGAAUGUGAUUGUGGAAUGCGAGAUCAGUGCUUUGAUCCAUGCUGUGAUCCAUUGACAUGUACACUUCGAGCUCAUGCUCAUUGCGCAUCACAUCAGGCAUGUUGUCAUCGUUGUCAAUUACGGCCAAUAGGACAUGUAUGUAGACCAGCAAGAUCUGUAUGUGAUGUUGCUGAGGUAUGCACCGGUGAUGAUGGUGAUUGUCCAGAAGAUGGAUAUCUAAUUGAUGGUACUGUAUGUGGUAUUAGUGGACAGUGCUGGAAAGGUAACUGUUCAGAUGUUGAACAGCAAUGUCGUGAUCUUUGGGGUUCAGAUGCAGCAACAGCAGAUGAACAUUGUUAUGAACGUAAUGGACUUGGUCUUGAGUAUGGAAAUUGUGGCACAGAUCGUGAUGGGAUAUUUAGGAAAUGUGCAGUGGAAAAUGUACAUUGUGGAACGUUACACUGUCGUGGAGGUUCUCAAACUCCAUUGGAUUUGAAGUUUAAUUCAUUUAAUCUUCAAUUCCUACAUGAAACCAAACAAAUACAAUGCAAAAUGGUUACAAAUCUUGAUAUUGGUAUGGUUAUGGACGGAAGCAGUUGUGGUUCCGGAAAAGUUUGUGUUCAAGGAAUUUGUUCACCACUUGUUCAAGUUUCACCACCUGUGCACUGUCCAAGCAAUAAUCUUGCUUAUCAAUGUUCGGGACAUGGGGAUUGUACAACUACAAGACGAUGUUUAUGUUAUAAUGGUUGGAUGGGUACAGCAUGUGAUACCAAAACAAAUAUUACACAUUCUACAACUAUUGCACCAUCAGAUGUUUCGCAUUUCAGUGACAUUUUCAUUCCAUCAUUUGCAGGUGGCCAUACGUUGAAUACUACAUCUCUACUUAUUAUUCUUCUUGUUGUUGGCAUAUUACUUCUGCUACUUUUAAUUUGUCUCUUAUUUUGCUACCGACGACAAAGUGAAAUUGAAUUUUCGUCACCAGCAGAUGAAAAGUUAAACGAAAGUCUUCCAGAAAAUACACAGCGAGCGAUAAAAUUUGGUAGUAUGCCAAGCUAUCGUGAGGAAAAAAGAAAACGAAAAAAAGACAAGCAUGUUUAUGAUGCAUUACAACGAAUCAAUGAGGCAAAUGAUGAACGAGAUAGUUCAGUAUCUGUGAAAUCACAUGAAUCUGCAAGUGUAGGUCAUGAAAAUAACGGUGCAUUAAUAAUGAGUAGAAAUUGUAUGGAAUAUGAUCAAAGAGAGGAUAUUGUUACAACAAUGCUAAAUGGUACAACAACAACUUUAUUAAAAAGAGAUAUACCUGGUAAUAAUAGUUAUUAUUGUGAUGGUGUAUUAUAUCAUGAGACAUGUCCAGAAAUGAUAAGUUCCUCACCAACAAUACGUUGUUCAUCUGUAGCGCUUCCAUCACGUUGUGAACGAAAUCGAAGCGGUUAUGCGACAGAUUCGGAAAUUGCAAUAGGACGCUAUGGCGCACGUUACGUUGAAGGUGUAUCAGGUGCAAGUGUUGAAUUAAGUCCAACCUCAUCACAGACUUCAGUCAACAAUAGAAUGACUCCAGCUCCACUAAAGCUUAACAAUAUUGGAAUGUUGUUGAGACAAUUGCAACAUAAUGACGAAAUUUCUAGUGAUGCAGAACUGAGUGCAGUAGAAGCAGAUCAUGUGGAACAUGGAGAUUUAGGUUCUAAUACAGAAUCAAGCAGAGGCUAUGAACCUCAGGAAACAAACAUAUCGUUACCGAACGGUUUAGAGCCGAGUUUUACAAGGUCACUUCAUACUAAAGAACGAAAUACAGGAGGUGAUGAAAGAUUGGAUAGUGCUCGCAAUGGUAGUAGUGGUUCAGCUUGCUUCUCAAAUGAAGCAAUGUUGAAUGGACAUAGUACAUUGUUUCAGGAAUGUCAAUCAAUUACUGAAAUGGAAAUGAGCGAAAGAAGCGCUAGACAUGUAAAUCCUCACGGUCAAAGUCAACAUUCAUUGUUUAAUGAUUCAUUCAGAUUGGAAGUAUGA